UCGAACUGAGCGUGUGCAUGUGUGUGUGUGUGUGAGUGAGAAAGUGACGAAUUACUUUUCAUCAAAUGGGAAAUAAUUUAGUUUGAAAACACGUACCUAUUCAGAGCACCAGAAAAAUAUAAAAAUUUUAGUUGUGAAGACGUUAACACUACGAGCUAAAUCGGCGUAGGGCGGUAAAAAACAAGCAACCCGGAAAAACACAAUAACUACACCAUCGAAAUGGCGGAAGGCGGCAGCAAGCGCAUCAACGUGGUUGUAAAAACGCCAAAGGACAAGAAGACGGUUGAGGUGGACGAAGAUUCUGGAAUAAAAGAUUUCAAAAUUCUGGUUGCACAAAAGUUCGAGGCAGAGCCCGAGCAGCUGGUGCUCAUUUUUGCCGGCAAAAUUAUGAAGGACACGGACACGCUUAAGAUGCACAACAUCAAGGACAAUUUGACGGUGCACCUGGUGAUUAAGGCGCCGACGCGCAACAACGAGACUCCGGCUCGCACACCGGCGGAUGUGCGCCAAACGCCCUUCGGUCUGAAUCAAUUUGGCGGACUCGCCGGCAUGGAGGCCCUUGGCGCCGGAUCGAACACCUUUAUGGAUCUACAGGCGCGCAUGCAGAACGAAUUGCUUAACAACGGCGACAUGCUGCGAUCCCUGAUGGACAAUCCGCUGGUGCAGCAGAUGAUGAACAACCCGGAGACCAUGCGCCAGCUGAUCACAUCGAAUCCCCAGAUGCAGGACCUGAUGCAGCGCAACCCGGAGAUCUCGCACAUGCUUAACAAUCCGGAUCUGCUGCGCCAGACGAUGGAGCUGGCCCGCAAUCCCUCGAUGCUGCAGGAGUUGAUGCGCUCGCACGAUCGGGCAAUGUCUAAUUUGGAGUCGGUGCCGGGCGGCUACAGUGCUUUGCAGCGCAUCUAUCGCGACAUCCAGGAGCCGAUGAUGAACGCAGCCACCGAGUCUUUUGGUCGCAAUCCCUUCGCCGGACUAGUCGACGGCGGCGGAUCUGGUGCAGGCGUCAAUCCGCAGCAAGGCACCGAGAAUCGCAAUCCCUUACCGAACCCCUGGGGCGGCGGCGGCGGCACCAAUUCGACCACAAAUGGCACUGGAUCUGGCAGUGGCGGCGGCACCCCAGGAGGCAAUCGAACGGGCGGUGAUCUACCGCCGAACAAUGUCCUCAACACGCCGGCCAUGCGCAGUCUGCUCCAGCAGAUGGCCGACAAUCCGGCCAUUAUGCAGAACCUGCUAAAUGCGCCCUACACGCGCUCCAUGAUGGAGUCCAUGUCGCAGGACCCGGACAUGGCCUCGCGUCUGCUAAGCAGCAGUCCGCUGCUGUCGAACAAUCCCGCUCUGCAGGAGCAGGUGCGCCAGAUGAUGCCACAGUUCAUGGCCCAGAUGCAGAACCCGGAGGUGAUGAACAUGUUGACCAAUCCGGACGCGAUGAACGCCAUCCUGCAGAUCCAGCAGGGCAUGGAACAGCUGCGCAGCGCCGCACCUGGUCUCGUCGGCACCAUGGGUAUUCCCCCGCCGCCGCCGGGCGUUAAUUCGGCCACGGAUCCGGCCAGCGGCGAUGGCAGCAAUAGCGGCGGCAAUGGCGGUGGAGUCACCACCAACAAUGUGUCGCCGAGCAGCGGCAAUCCGGCCGCUGGAGGACCAAGUCUAGCCCCUGGCGGUGGUCCCAAUGCGCAGCUCUUCAACGACUUUAUGAUGCGCAUGCUCAACGGGAUGUCGAACAAUGCGGACGGCACGCAGCCGCCGGAGGUGCGCUACCAGUCGCAGCUGGAGCAACUGGCAGCCAUGGGCUUCGCCAACCGGGAUGCCAAUUUGCAGGCUCUAAUCGCCACCUUUGGGGACAUCAAUGCGGCGGUAGAGCGAUUGCUCUCCCUCAACCAAUUGUCCCUGAGUUAACAACGUUAAGCCAUUUCCACAUUGUACACAACAACCUGUCUAUAUAUCUACGAACUACAUCUAUAUCUAACACUAUAGCCCUGGAGAACGCGAAUGAGAAGCCGCAAGACGAGAACACGAUGAGAAAGCGGGACAAGCGGGGUCCUUUUCCUAAACAAAAAGCGGAACCCCACACAAAACAUACAAAUUCCACAGUUAGCUCUACUGAUUUAUCGAUUGCUUAUUCCCCAUUGAGCCGGAAAUAUCUUGAAUCCUUAACACCCACACACACACUGCACACACUCACACAUACACAGACAAAACUUUAAACUUAGAGAACGGAGAGAUAUUAGGUUGAUAUGUCGCCGGUGAGAAAGUUAGAUAGAGAUCACAAAUACCAAAGUGUCGGCACUUGCGUAGUUGAUAUCAUUAAUUUUUUUUUCUUUUAAUUGUUUACAUUUCGAGAGCAACUCGGAGAGAUCUGAAGGCUUUGUGCGACUCCUUCUAAACCUUAAAGCGGAAAUGUGUUAUUCAAAAAGCAAUUUCAGUAUGCAUAAACAGCGCAUGCAUAUAUCUGCACACCUUCACCAACACUUGAACAGAAUCAGAAACAUUUCCCGCUUUUAAACCCGCUGAGAACUGGAUUGUUUUUCAAUAAAUUUGAACGGAAUCGUGCUCUCGUUUGUCAUUAUUAAUGUAACUACAUAUUUUGCUAUAGAGAAGAUCGGUGCAGAGAUCAAAAAUCGGGUGCCUAUAGUUCCGUUUCCUCCCUUUCCCGCAAUCCGGAAAUGUUCUUCAAAUUACACAACUGCAAACGGGACAACGUACAGUAGAUAUCAGAUAUAUGCAGCGGCGGGAAUGCUAACAACAAGCAAUUCAAGUAGUCAAAACACAGUUAUUCAUCCAUUAUUAUACGAAUAAUCUCCAAGCGUUAUUUAUCCUAUUUGUUUCAAAGAAUAUUGUAAGGAAUUGCGAAAAGGUUCGUUGCAUAAAGACCUUACUUGCAUGUUACCCGAUAUCUACUGUGGGUUUAUUUAUGUGUAUAUAUAUAUAUGAAUGUGUAUCAAAAUAUUCCAUGGUGUUAACAAAAGACGUAAAGAUAUUUGAAAUUCCUUAGUAAAAGAGAGAGAAUCAAUCCCCAAACACAUAUUAUUUGUAAUUUACUCUAAGCAUUCGCAUGCCUAUAACCGACUUGUUGGGACUUUGGACGGGUGGGUUCUAGUGGGUUCCCCAAAAUCCCGAUUGCAUCCCUCUCCGAAUAACACACUUUCGAUUCGACUCGUUUCCGCUUCCCUUCGUGCGCUCACUGUCUAUAUAUGAAAGUAUGAAAUCAAAUGUAUACUACUACUAUAUAUCGUCGCUCGCCGGUGAGAAGAGAAGAGGAGGUGGGCUAAAUUCAUCGGGGGAUUGGGUGGGUGGUCAGGUGGUACUGAAGGCGAUCGGAGCUACGUUUAUUUGUUUAGUGAAGGAAGUGAAACUAAGUAAUUAAAUGUAAAUGAUCACAUGUUUUAAAACAGUAAUAAAGCUACUUUGGUUUUAGAUUAUA